GCGCUGGGGGUGGUGGCGGCGGCGGAGCAGCUCCAGGCGGCAGGUACUGUCCUUCCAAAGUUCAACAUUGACUUUGUUGUAGCUCUGCUGAGGCAAGAAAAUGCUAAAGACAUCUGUGUCAUCCAGCUACCUCCAGAAAUAAAAUACUGUAAUUAUUUUAUAAUUGUGAGCGGAUCUUCAACACGACAUCUCCAUGCGAUGGCACAUUACAUGCUGAAAAUGUACAAGCAUCGCAAAGAAGAAAGUGAUCCUCAUACUCAGAUUGAAGGGAAAGAAACAGAUGACUGGCUGUGCAUUGAUUUUGGUAGCAUAGUGAUACAUUUCAUGCUGCCAGAGACACGGGACACUUACGAAUUGGAGAAGCUAUGGACUCUUGGUUCCUACGAUGACCAGUUAGCACAGAUGAUUCCACAAUCAUUGCCAGAAGAUUUUAUAUUUGGACUGACUCCUAACAGCAGUGAUCAGCUUGAGACAAAAACUUAAUGCAGCUGCUGGGUGGAAAGAGAAAUGACUGUGCCCUCAAAGAUGAGACAGACAUAUAGUUAUGAUUACUGAACUAAUAGUCAUUACAGUUGAUCAGUACAAAACUGUGUUUAUUGGAUGUGCCUAGGUGAAGUUCUGAACAAGCUACAAAAAUUAUCAGAAUCAUAGAAUCAUUAAGGUUGGAAAAGACCCUUAAGAUUAACUGUAAAAUGUCAAAGAAGGAAUCCUAGCAUAAAGGAACUUCCUGGGGGAGCCACUGUCUCAGUGGAGCCUGUAGUAAGAAGAGUGAAGCAAAGACAGCUACUUAAGCUACUUACAUUGAAACUUAUGCUCAGCCUCUACAGUAAUAGUUUUUCUUUGAAAGACAUGCCUGGAGAGGCAGCGUAAAAAAGACUUGAGUGCUGCAAGGAAAAACUAUGUGUAGUAGUACAGUUUUGAUGAGGCUUCUUGUAUUAAGCCAUUUGUUUCUGGUCACAAUGAAGCAAAUCAUGUUCUGAGUUGAAGGAGGAGAGAAAACAGACUGGUCUUACUGAGCACAUAAAAGCCAAGAGCAGCAGUGACAAAUAAAAGUGUCUUAACAGAACUGUAAGUCAGUUUUUCAGCCAAGUCUGUUCCUAAUAAUAAUAAAAAGAACUGAAGAGCUUCAAUUCCUUGUCUUCAUGUUAAAACAUUUAAGUGUGCAGUCAGGUCUUGUAGUUUUCCUGUCACCUGGUUUCUGGAAAAAGGACACUGAGGCAACAUGCUCUGGCAGUGUAAACCUUCAGCUCCUUUGAAGUGGGCAAGAGUCCUAAAGGGAAUCCUUAGGCACUGAGCAUUACUUGCUGCUAAUGGCCUGUUCAGCACUUUCAGAAGUCAUUGCACAGUGUGUUCUUAGUCCGACUGCUGCAGUCUAAUAACCAGUUAGUUAGAAGAGGUUCUGUUACCAUCUUGAAGCUAUGUAAAACAAGGUGCUUUUCUCCACUACAGGACAGGGCUUUCAUCACUAGAUUAGGAUCUGUUCCUUCUGGGGAAGCUUGCUCUGCCAUGCAUCAGGAAGCUGGAAGAGUAAGAUGCUGAGGGUAAUCACCUUUUUUCCUCCAUAGCCCCACAAACUGCUUUAAGCCCUGUCUGCAUCUCCUCCCUGUACAGCAGUUGCUUGUAAUGCUCAAAGAAAGCAUCUUUGGUUUUCUGUGCCUGUGGUUGUGGUGUUGAGGAGGAAUGGCAUGUGUAUUUUUAAAACAAACAAAACACACAAACCAAAAAACCUCCUUCAUUUCAGACUGGUCAUGUUUUCUUGCCGUGUCCAUCCUCUUUCAGGAAUAACUGCCCCUGAGCUCACCUGCUUACUGAUACAAGGGAACAGAUCAGCAAAUUAAGCAAGGAGCAUUUCUUAAAUGUAGUUGAAGUAUGCAGAUAAAACAUCUUUGCCUACAAAAUAAAGGUAUUGGUGUUAAGUCUGACUGCAAAGAAAAAUUUUGAAAAUGCUUCAUGAUACUUAUAAGCAAUCCACAUGGGGGAAAGAUAACCUUGGCCAUCUUACAGAGUGGUGUGUUCUAAAUCUUCCUAGGAAGAAUACAUAGGAGUAACUUUGGAUCAUUCCCUGAAACCAUUUGCCUUUUACUGCUGCUGCUGAAGAUAAGUAAUGCUAGAUGAAUAAAAGCAGGUUCAGCAAACAUUAUGUCAUAUGAACCCACAUCUAGUAAUCAGAAACCCAUACCGUAUCCUGUUUCAAAGAGCAGUAACAAAAGGAGCACCCAGAAAAGAGAAGCAAAGAGACAGGGAACAGCUUCCAUGUGAACAGACUAGGACUCUUAGAGCCAAAAAGUGGUAAUAGUCAGUAAGACAAGACC